UCGCGUCACGUGACCGCGCCUCCGUCACGUGACGCCCGCCCGCAGGUUCGGCUCGCCUGGGCGUGCGCCCCCUUCCGCCUGACGCGCCCCCGGCGGCGGCCGCGCAGCCCCGGCUCCUCGCGGGGCUCGGGCAGCGGCCGCUGCGCGGUGAUGGCGAGCGGCGGCGGCGGCGGUAACACCGGCGCAGGUGGGACCUCGGGGCUGGGCCUGGGCCUGGGGCUGAGCCUCGGCAUGGGGGAGGCCACCGGCGACGCGGAGGAGGAGGCGGCCGCGGCCGAGGCGGUGGGACGCCUGGCCACGUCGCUGUGGCUGCGGCUCCGCGGCUGGGAGGCGGUGCUGGGGGUUGCCCAGCGGCUGCUGGUGUGGGAGAAGCCGCUGCACAGCCUGGUCACGGCGGCCGCACUCAACGGCCUCUUCUGGUUGCUGUCUUCGUCGUCCCUCCGACCCUUCUUCCUGCUCAGCAUCUCACUUUUGACCUAUUUCCUGCUGGAUCUCUGGCAUCCUCGCUUUCUCCCCGACGUCGUUUCAGCAUCACCCCCUGAGGAACCACACCCUGACAGUGAGGGUGCGGGGUCAGGCGCCCAGCCGCACCUGCUGAGUGUGCCCGAGUUGUGCAGAUACCUGGCUGAGAGCUGGCUCACCUUCCAGAUUCACCUGCAAGAGCUGUUGCAGUACAAGAGGCAGAAUCCAGCUCAGUUCUGUGCUCGAGUCUGUUCCGGCUGUGCCGUGCUAGCUGUGUUGGGGCACUAUGUUCCAGGGAUUAUGAUUUCCUACAUUGUCUUGUUGAGUAUCCUGUUGUGGCCCCUGGUGGUUUAUCAUGAACUGAUCCAGAGGAUGUAUACUCGCCUGGAGCCCUUGCUCAUGCAGCUGGACUACAGCAUGAAAGCCGAAGCCGAUGCCCUGCACCAUAAACACGACAAGAGGAAGCGGCAAGGGAAGAACGCACCUCCAGCAGGUGAUGGGCCACUGGCCGAAACAGAGAGUGAGAGCGAGGCAGAGUUGGCUGGCUUCUCUCCAGUGGUGGAUGUGAAGAAAACAGCCCUGGCCUUGGCUAUUACAGACUCGGAGCUGUCAGAUGAGGAGGCUUCUAUUUUAGAGAGCGGCGGCUUCUCUGUAUCUCGGGCCACCACCCCACAACUGACCGAUGUUUCUGAGGAUUUGGACCAGCAGAGCCUACCAAGUGAGCCAGAAGAGGCUCUGAGCCGAGAACUGGGGGAGGGGGAAGAGACAGAGCUGGCCCCUCCUGAAGACCUGCUAGCUGGCCCUCCAGCCCUCACAAAGCAAGCCCUGGCUACAGAAGAAGAGGCUGUAGUCAAGGAAGCCUUGCUGCAGCUCUCUUCCCCUCUUCACUUUGUGAAUACGCACUUCAAUGGAGCAGGGUCCCCCCAGGGUGAAGGGAAAUGCUCUCCUGGAGGACCAGUGGAGACCCUGAGCCCAGAGGCUCCACCCGGCACCCUCUCACCCCCACUUUGCCUGGCUGAAACUGGUCCAGUUCCCCUCCUCUCCCCCCCUGUGCUCCCGCCCCUUCCCCAGGACUCACCUCAAGCCCUGGCUGCCCCUGAGGAGGAAGAGGUACUCACCACUGAGGACUUUGAGUUGCUGGAUCAGGGGGAGCUGGAGCAACUGAAUGCAGAGCUGGGCUUGGGACCAGAGAUGCCCCCAAAGCCCCCUGACGUACCGCCGCCACCUCCUCCCCUGGGGCCAGACAGCCAGUCUCUGGUCCAGUCAGACCAAGAGGCUCAUGCCGUGGGUGAGCCAUGAGCCAUGGCAGAAUGAGUGCAGGCAUAGAGGCUUCCUGACUACUAGGGCUGCCACAGUUCCUCCUCUCCCUCCUACUCUGGGGAGCGGCACUGUGUGGAGAAGCUGGCUGUCAGAUGGAAGCCAGCCCAUUGCCUGCCUGCCUGCCUGCCUGCCUGCUGUCCUGGGACCUGGUAUAGUACCUGUGCCUAGGAUUGGUUUUAAGUUUGUAAAUAUUUUCCAUUUGGGUUAGUGGAUGUGAUCGGGGCUAGGGAAGUCUUCCAUAGCCUGCACUUACUUCCCUGCCUCAUCUCUUCUUCCCAUUCUGUCCCAAGCCUUGGUGGUCUGACCUUUCUUUUCUCCUGUCCUCAGGGACCUGUGCUGCUCUGCCCUCAUGUCCCACUUGGUGUUUAGCUCAGGCACUUUACCGUUUCUUCUGCUGUCCUAACUCCCCUUGGCUUUAUUUGCCUGCUGUGUCCUGUCCUUAGCAGCGUGCUCCCACUCUGCGCACUCCUCCUUCCACAGGCACUGGCCAAGUUUGGGGGCAGGUUCUCUCCGGAGAAAGCAGAGGCCUGGGGUGCUGCCGGGCCAGUGAGGCUGCGCUUCGGUCCCUGAAGCCUCGAGCCUGCACUGUGCCCCUGCCUGUCACCCUCAGGAUGCAGGACAGCAGGUCCCAAAGCACUUUGCCAGCACUGUGGUUGAUGAGCAUGCUCUCUCUGUUUGAGCUGAGGGACUUCCCUACUGUCUUAGAGAGGAAGAACAAACCUACUCUUCUGGACCACAGCUGAGACUGCUAGGGUCUAAAGUGGGUAGUGACAUCUGUGUAGGUGUUAACUGGAAAAAUAAAGUGUUGAUUGGCUAGAA